CGCCGUUUAGCCCCCCUCUUCAUUUUAACCCUUUCCCGCCGUCUUCUCUCGCACUCUUUUCUACUAUUAUCAAACCCAAAACCUAACUAAAACCUUUAAUCUUCCCCGCCGGAAAAUCCCCCACCGGAAAAACUUUAAUCUCUUCUCAUUCUGUCAAAUCGAUAAUCCAUUCAUUAACAUGAAUCUCCGUUCUCGUAAAGCUCUCGCUAAACCCUUAACCGACGGGAAUGAUUGUGAUGAAGAUGAAAAAAAUGAAGUCAAUGUGGUUAACAGUGGCUCGGAUAGUGAAUCGUGUUUUGUGCCUUCAGAUUCUGAUGAUGGCGAUGACGAUGAUAGUAGCUCGGGUGAAGAAAAUAGUGUACCGGCUUCUGUCAAAAUUGAUCGGGCAGAGUCUUCCAUGCGAAGGAAUAUGGGAGAUGCGGCUGCGACAAAUGAUGAUCAACAACAACAGGCACAGACAUCUGGAGCAGCUCAAGUAAACUUUGUUCCAGUCAAAAAGAAGCAAUAUCCCUCGAAAAGGAAGAAGGAUGAGUCAAAACCAUUAUUGAUGUGGGAAAUUUGGGAGGAAGAGAAUGAAAAAUGGAUAGACGAGCAUUUAUCGGAAAACGUUGACACAGAUGAUCAACAGGGAUUUGUUACUGAAACAGUUGAGCCACCAGCAGAGUUGAUAAUGCCUUUGUUAAGAUAUCAGAAGGAAUGGUUGGCCUGGGCUUUGAAACAGGAAGAGUCGCCCACCAGGGGUGGAAUUCUUGCGGAUGAAAUGGGAAUGGGGAAGACUAUUCAAGCAAUUUCCCUUGUGCUUGCGAAACGUGAAAUUCUUCGAAAAUUUCACGAGUCCAAUGGACCCACAUUGGUAUCUGGUACAUCCAUUGAUCCUGAUGUAAGCCGGCCCACAUUAGUAGUUUGUCCUGUGGUUGCUGUGAGUCAGUGGGUAAGUGAGAUUGAUCGUUUUACCACAAAAGGAAGCACAAAUGUCUUCGUUUAUCAUGGGACUAAUAGAGGAAAGAGCCCUAAAAAAUUUUCUGGUUAUGAUUUUGUGAUAACAACAUAUAGUACUGUUGAGGCAGAAUUCAGAAAAUACAUGAUGCCUCCCAAGAUAAAGUGUUCUUACUGUGGGAAGCCAUUUUAUGCAAACAAGCUUGCUACUCACCUGAAAUAUUUUUGUGGGCCGGAUGCCAUUAGAACUGCAAAGCAGUCUAAGCAAGACAAGAAAAAGCUAAAAAUUGAAUUAUCACCUCUGGAGAAAGAAAAAUCUACCAAAGUUCAGGAUGAUGUAUUGAGGGGUAAGAGAAAACGGAAACAGCAUGAUAGUGGAAAUGAUAUUGAAAUUUUAGAAGUUGAACAAGCCUUACUUAAAGAGAAAUCAAUUCUGCAUUCUAUGAAGUGGGAUCGUAUUAUUUUGGAUGAGGCUCAUUAUGUGAAAGAUAGACGCUGUAAUACUGCAAAAGCUAUUUUCGCUUUAGAAUCUUCAUAUAAAUGGGCUCUAAGUGGCACUCCCCUUCAAAAUCGAGUGGGAGAACUUUAUUCUCUGGUUCGCUUCUUGCAAAUAGUCCCAUACUCUUAUUACUUGUGCAAAGAUUGCGAUUGCCAAACCCUCAACUAUAAGUCGUUUGCACAAUGCUCAACCUGCCCUCAUAAUUCUGUGAGGCAUUUUUGUUGGUGGAAUAAAUAUGUUUCUAAUCCGAUACAAGCUCAUGGAGCUAAUGAGAUUGGAAGAAGGGCAAUGACAUUGCUUAAAUACAAAGUUUUGAAGAACAUAGUGCUAAGACGUACCAAAAAGGGUAGAGCUGCUGAUCUUGCUCUUCCUCCUAGGAUGGUUAAGUUGAGGCAGGAUACACUGGAUGUCAAAGAAGAAGAUUAUUAUCAGUCCUUAUAUAAUGAAAGCCAGGCACGAUUUAAUGCAUAUGUCCAGGAUGGAACUGUGAUGAAUAACUACGCGCACAUAUUUGAACUUCUUAUUCGUUUACGGCAGGCAGUUGAUCAUCCUUACCUUGUAGUGUACUCCAAAACUGCAGCAUUGCGAGGAGGAAACUUGGCUGAUGCUAAUGAUGCAGAGCAAGUCUGUGACAUUUGCCAUGAUCCUGCUGAAGAUCCUGUGGUUACAAAUUGUGCCCAUGUAUUUUGUAAGGCCUGUCUGCUUGAUUUCUCUGCUUCUUUGGGACAAGUCUCAUGCCCUACCUGCUCUAGUCUACUUACUGUUGAUUUGACUACGAAAGCGGAUGCUGGAGGUCAGAUUACUAAAACAACAACAAAGGGCUUUAGAAGUUCUAGUAUUAUAAACAGAAUACACUUAGAGGAUUUUCAGACAAGCACAAAGAUAGAGGCUCUGAGAGAAGAAAUUAGGUUCAUGGUUGAAAGGGAUGGUUCUGCAAAAGGAAUUGUUUUUAGUCAGUUCACUUCGUUCUUAGAUCUUAUAAGCUACUCUCUCCAAAAGUCUGGCAUAAAUUGUGUUCAGUUAGUGGGAAGCAUGACUUUGCCUGCAAGAGAUAAUGCUAUCAAGAAUUUUACCGAGGAUCCAGAUUGCAGAAUUUUCUUGAUGAGUUUGAAAGCCGGAGGUGUCGCUCUCAAUCUAACAGUAGCAUCACAUGUUUUCCUGAUGGAUCCUUGGUGGAACCCAGCUGUGGAGCGACAGGCGCAGGAUAGAAUUCAUCGUAUAGGGCAAUAUAAACCAAUAAGAAUUGUGAGAUUCGUUAUCGAGAACACAAUUGAGGAGAGGAUUUUGCGGCUACAAGACAAAAAGGAAUUAGUAUUUGAAGGGACUGUUGGUGGCAAUUCAGAGGCUCUUGGAAAACUGACAGAGGCUGAUAUGCGAUUUUUGUUUAGCAGUUAGAAGGAUAUUUAACGUUGCGGAUUGAAGAACCUGAAAUCAGGCGAGUUGUGUUCAUAAUUUUGUAAAUAAUCAUAGUAGGUUUUGCUCUAGGAAAUCUGAAACUACUUCCUAGUUUGUGUAUACAGAUAUUGGUGUUUCACAUUGGAAUUUUUUGUUACAACAGUUUAGCCAAUUUAUCUUGUAAAUUAUUUGGUGCUAAUUAAUACAUGAUCGGCACCAUUAUUCA